CCGCGCUGAGCGCUUCCGGAGCGGCGGAGACGGCUCCGCCGGAGGAAGCAGCGCGGGCCUUGACCGGCGUCGGCCUGCCGUUUCCGCCGCCGCCGCGCCUGGGUCCGAUCCCUCUGGCUCAGACCGACCCGGUCUGGCCCGCCCGGGCUCAGCGGCCGCGAGGCCGCGGCUCCCGAUGGAAAUUAUAUGACAUAGAAUAUUUGGGUGACAUCUUCCUGCAAGAUCUUCAAGAAUUACAGAAUACAAAAACACUAAUGCAUUUGAGAAAGUGGUAAAGUUUGGGGGGAGGGCCAAAAAACCUGCUUUCUUGAUCUGCAACUUGGCUGGAUGUUAAGAUGUCUGUGGACAUGAAUAGCCAGGGGUCUGACAGCAAUGAAGAGGACUAUGACCCAAAUUGUGAGGAGGAAGAAGAGGAUGAGGACCCUGGGGACAUAGAAGACUAUUACGUGGGAGUAUCCAGCGAUGUGGAGCAGCAGGGGGCUGAUGCCUUUGAUCCUGAGGAGUACCAGUUCACCUGCUUGACCUACAAGGAGUCCGAGGGUGCCCUCAAUGAGCACAUGACCAACUUAGCCUCUGUCCUAAAGGCCGUUGAUGCUCACUGCCAUCAGCUGCAUCCUCCCUAUGGCACUGGUAUCUCAUUCAGUUGCUAAACUUAUAUUAGUUAAUUUCCACUGGCAAGUUGCAGAGAUAUUGGACAGAUACAAGUCUAAUUCUGCUCAGCUGCUUGUUGAGGCUCGAGUUCAGCCCAAUCCAUCAAAACAUGUCCCGACAGCCCAUCCCCCUCACCACUGCGCAGUGUGUAUGCAGUUCGUGCGGAAGGAAAACCUGCUCUCUCUGGCCUGUCAGCACCAGUUUUGCCGCAGCUGCUGGGAGCAGCACUGCUCAGUGCUCGUCAAAGACGGCGUGGGCGUGGGAGUCUCUUGCAUGGCUCAGGACUGCCCACUUCGAACACCAGAGGACUUUGUGUUCCCACUGUUGCCCAACGAAGAACUGAGAGACAAAUACAGGCGCUACCUCUUCAGGGACUAUGUGGAGAGUCAUUACCAGCUCCAGCUAUGCCCCGGUGCGGACUGUCCCAUGGUUAUCCAGGUACAGGAGCCCAGAGCUCGCCGAGUACAGUGCAAUCGGUGCAACGAGGUCUUCUGUUUCAAGUGUCGUCAGAUGUAUCACGCCCCCACAGACUGCGCCACAAUCCGGAAAUGGCUCACGAAGUGUGCAGACGACUCUGAAACAGCCAACUACAUUAGUGCUCACACUAAAGACUGUCCCAAGUGCAACAUCUGUAUUGAGAAGAACGGAGGCUGCAAUCACAUGCAAUGCUCCAAGUGUAAACACGACUUCUGCUGGAUGUGUCUAGGAGACUGGAAGACCCACGGCAGUGAGUACUAUGAGUGCAGCCGGUACAAAGAGAACCCCGACAUUGUCAACCAGAGCCAGCAAGCCCAAGCCAGGGAGGCCCUCAAGAAGUACUUGUUCUACUUUGAGCGGUGGGAAAACCACAACAAGAGCUUGCAGCUGGAGGCACAGACGUACCAGCGGAUUCAUGAGAAGAUUCAGGAGAGGGUCAUGAAUAAUCUGGGGACGUGGAUCGACUGGCAGUACCUACAGAACGCUGCCAAGCUCUUGGCCAAGUGUCGAUACACCCUGCAAUACACGUACCCGUAUGCGUACUACAUGGAGUCUGGACCCAGGAAGAAGCUGUUUGAAUACCAGCAGGCUCAACUAGAGGCUGAGAUCGAAAACCUGUCAUGGAAAGUGGAGCGUGCGGACAGCUAUGACCGAGGGGACUUAGAAAACCAGAUGCACAUAGCAGAGCAGCGGAGGAGAACCCUGCUGAAGGAUUUCCACGACACCUAGGCUGGGACACGGCGUGCCGGAGUGAGGAACAUGUGGCUGCGAGGUCUCCCGGCUGCCGUGCUGCAUGCUGCAGGCUCUCCGCCUUUCACGACCCCAGGCAACAGCCAGGACCCCACUCCCGAGAGACACUGGCCACACACCUCUUAGUCAGUUUCUGUUUUCCUCUCAUCUUUUCGCUUUUCGUUUCUACUAUGAAAGAGGCCAUGUUGAAUUGGCCUCUUUUCAGGACUUUUAAUUCCCCCCUGGAUGGUUGUUGGGAGGGAGAAAAAGUUUUUUCUGAAUGACUAUUAAUAGUAUUAGAUCAUUACAACGUAUGUAAUUUUCAAAGGUUGUACAAUUAUACCAAAAAAAGGCAAACCAACCUUAGAAUUACACAGACCCUUUUAAAAAAAUAAAUUGGCAUUGGAGUGUUUUACCCUCUA